ACCACAAAUAAAAAUAAUGAUUUCUUUGAUGAAGUUGCUACUGCUGUGCUUUAUAGUAGUUUUUUUAAAUUGUAAAAAGUUGUCAACCUAUCAAAUACAUGGAUUUGAACCCAGCAAUAAUGAAGUUUUGUAUCAUGUGACAGUCCAUAACACAACAGGUGAUAUCUACAUAGGAGCCCACAAUGCAUUGUACAGACUGUCAGCAGAUUUCAACAUCAUUGCAACAACUUCAACUUGUUUGCCAGAUGACGAUGAUUGUGGCAACCAAAAUACGGUAUUAGUCAUUGAUUAUGAUCACGAUAGGUUGAUUACUUGUGGAGCAGGAAACAAUGGAAGAUGUGAAGCACGGUUCCUGAUGGAUUUAUCUUUGGAUGGAAGCAAUUUUUUAGAGGGAAUUUUUAGUGCUGUUGGACUCAUUGCUCCUGGUUUAAUUGGUGACAAAAUUGAAAACGUGUUGUAUUUGUCAUCCAGUCAUACUUCAUCAGAUGGUGUAUAUUUUCCAAUGUAUGCUAAUGCAAGAACAUAUUUGGAAAGCACAUCACAAUUUGCGCAGAUAGUAGAUGCUGUUCAACCAUCCGAUAUAUUCAAAGCUAACAACAGAAUCAUUAAUUUCAGAGCAGCAUUUUCAUUUAAGGAAUAUACAUAUUUCGCUGCAUUCAGACAGAAUGAUGGUCUGGAAUCUCCUGGAUUUGCUGGUUUUGAUAAAGAUAUAUUUUUUUCGAGGUUGAGUCGUGUUUGUCAUAGCAACUCAUUUGACACACUCUCUGAAGUCGUUCUUCGUUGUGUUUCUGGUGACAUUGACUUCAACUUAGUUCAGUCUAUGUCAGUAGGCCCAGUAGGGUCAAACCUGGCUGCUUCACUUGGCCUCCUGGCUGGAGACGAUGUCCUCUACGGAGUGUUUGUGAAGGACGAUGGUAGUGGAAAUCCGACUGAACAGUCUGCAUUGUGUAUUUACAAGUUGGAUGAUAUUGAGGAUGCGUUUUUCAAAGUUUUGAAUGUUUGUCUAACUGGUUCUGAUACGGCUCGUGCUGAUCAAAGACUAAAUUAUGCUGCCAGUGCUACUUGUUCAUCAAAUAUGUUGAGUCUCAGUGCUGCUGAUGUGAUAUCCUACAUGUGUCCUGGUGAUAGAGACCCCUUGAGAAAAUAUUCACAAGGUAUCUACGCACAAGCAGCAGUGUCACAGGCUGUGCUAACAGUCAAUGACACAAUCCUGACAUCAGUCAUAGCUACAGUUGAAGAAAACCACACAACAGCAUUCCUAGGCACAGACGAUGGACAACUGAUGAAGGUUAACAUUAUCAGCAACACUUUAGCCAGAGUGUAUGAAAAUAUUACAUUAGAUGCAGGUCAAGAGGUCAGGUCAGAUACAUUUUUAGACAAAACUUCCAAUCAAUUGAUGGUGCUUACAGAAAAGAUGUUGCUUAAGCUACCAGUAGCUAACUGUAGUCAGUUUACCACAUGUGAUGAGUGCAUCAGACCAACUGGAGACCAAGAUGGAGACCCAUAUUGUGGUUGGUGUACACUGAAGAAAAUAUGUACCAGAUUUAAAGAAUGUAAAAGCUUGUAUUGGUUGCCUGGCAACACUGCACAAUGCAUACAGAUUACAGAUGUUGAGCCACCAUUCCUUCAUUACACAGAUGAACAUGUCAAAGUAAAAUUAACUGUUGAGCAGCUCCCACCAUUAAAUGUCAACCAAAAUUAUAGUUGUAAAUUUGGUGAUUUUGUGUCACCUGGAAUAAAAGAUGGAAAAACGAUCACCUGCACAUCACCACCUAAAACACAAGUGCCACAGAUACCAAACAAAGAAGCUGCUGUGGAAGUUUCGUUAUCUGUGCAUUCAUCUCAAACUGAUGUUGAUUUUGUUACCACUCAAUUCAGGUUCUUUGAUUGCAGUGCCAUUACAUCUUGUUCCGAAUGUGUUACCAGCUUCACCUGUGAUUGGUGUCUCAAUGGCAACACAUGUACCCAUAAUGCAUCAGCAUUCUGUAGUGCAGAUUAUCAAGUGAUCUUGAAUGGCAAUGCAACUGUGACCCCAGCUCCUGGUGGUAUGCAAGGUCAUGAGUCAUGUCCACAAAUUAUCCGUCAAACCAAUGAAGAACUGAUUCAUGCGAGUGUAGAGAAAGAAGUCCGAAUACCUGUUAAGAAUUUACCAAGUGCAACAAAAGUCCUCAUUGUCUAUAAGUGUGUGCUGACAAUUGAGGGAAAAACAUCAACUAUUCCAGCAUCUGUUAAUCAAACUAAUAUCACCUGUUCCCAAUACAAAUAUGAUUAUGCAACUGACGAACAGGAACUAGCUGCAAAAAUUCAAAUUGUUUGGAAUAAUAACAACUUUAUUGACAACAUUUUUCAAGUUACUCUGUACAAAUGUUCAGUGCAGCGUCCAGACUGCAGCCGGUGUCUUUCUAACAAUACUACUAGACCACAGCUUGAUUGCGUCUGGUGUGGAGACCAUGGCUGUGAAUACGAUUCAUUCUGUUCAACAAAAAUUAGUGACUGUCCAGCUCCUGUAAUAACACAGGUUAUACCUCUUUCAGUUCCUACGGUAAUAACCCAGCCUGAGCCUGAUUACACUGAGGUAAUUGAACUUGUUGGAACUGAUUUUGGACAAACAUCUUCAGAUAUUGCUAGCAUUAUGAUAGAUAGCAAGGAAUGUGAAAAGAUUGCAGAUGGGUUUAACAUAGCCUCACAAACUGUUAAGUGUAGAGCUCCUGUCUUCAGCACUGCCUCUCAAAGAAAUGUCAUUAUAUCUGUCCAAGGGAAACCAAGUGGACCAGCAUACAUAGUUUAUCAGAAUCCUUCAAUUUCCGACAUCACUCCAAAGUUUGGAAUCAAGCAUGGUGGUACACGAGUGAAUAUAACCGGCAUGUUUUUGAACACCGGUCGAGAUCUUAUGGUAUCUAUGGGUGAAAGCGAGUGUUAUGUUAAAAAUGUAUCUGAAACUCAGAUACUUUGUACAACCUCGCAUUAUGCAGUUGAACAAGAAGUAAUGGCAACGGUUACAUUUGGACAGGCUACAAGAGAUGCUUCUACCUUUACGUACACAGACAACCCAAGAGUGACGGAGUUUAAUCCGAAAAGCAGUAUCAAAGCUGGUGGUCGUAAGAUUACUGUGACAGGGAUACAUUUUCAGUAUGUGCAAGAAGCCAAGAUGCUAGUGAAUGGUGUAUCAGCUAAAGCAAAUUGUGAAGUUGUAUCAAAUGAGAAUAUGAAUUGUAAAAGUCCUCCCACAGAACUCUCUUCGUCAGGUCAGCGUAGCAGAAGACAAGCACAUGUUGCAUUACCUUUGACCUUUUCGUUUGAUGGCUUUGUUAUUGAAUCGAGUGGUGAAUCUGAAUUCAGAAUUUAUCCUGAUCCUAUCUACUAUCCCUUCAGUAGUAAGACAGUAUAUGGACAACUGGUAGAAGAUGGAAUUUACAUACUAGAACGUGAUAUUACAUUAAUUCAAUUGAGGGGAUCAGGCAUAGAUCUAAGUGCCACUGAUGUCAGUGAUGUAAAGGUGUAUGUUGGUGAGACUCCAUGUAAUGUACUCUCAAUAGCUAACACGUCAGUUGUUGCAGAGGCACCAAAAGAGGAACCUGAUGCAGUAAAUGGUGGAGAUCAUCCUCUUGUUGUGAUUUAUCAAGGCAAUCUAGUUGUAACAUUUGGCCCAAUAAGAUAUCCAGUGAACAGUGUGUCAAGCACUGUUAUCAUUGUUAUUGUUGUGGUUGGUGUUGGUGCAAUCAUCAUCUUAUUGUGUGUUGUUGGUAAUUGGCUUAGAUUAAGGUCAAUUCGCAGACAACGAGAUGAAGCUACAGUGAAGUUUUUUACACAAGCAAAUCCCGCAAAAAAUGUUUCUCCUCCAGAAGAUCAGGUGAACGUAGUUGUUGAGGUCCCCAAUGCAGGCUACAUCGAUAUGAUUCAGGAUGGACAGCAAAAAGUACAGAAACGUUUCUACUCUAGAGGGCAGUAUGUACACAACAUGCUCUUCAAGGGUUGCAAGAGGAUUCCACAAGUAAUGCAAGAAAGUAGAUAUACUGCACUUGAAAAAAUUGACAACGGUUUGCUCAAAUUAUCAAAAUUGCUUUUGGAUAAACAGUUUGUAUUAAAAGUUGUAGAGAUUCUUGAUGAGGAUCCUUCAGUAACUAGAUUUCAGAGACAAAAUUUUGCCGCGUUGUUCUUAAUGGCUAUGCUUAAUGACAACAAAAUUGAACAUUUAAUUGAUGUAUUGGAAGUUCUUUUGAGAAAACAUGUUGAAAAUAUGGUGAAUUUAAAGAAAAGAAAGCAAGUUCUAAACAGAACGGAGACAGUGGUAGAACCAUUGAUUUUUCACUGGAUGGCUUUAUGCAUGUACAAAUAUAUGAUGGACUUCGUAUCAAGCCCUUUGUACGAGCUUGUUGAGGCCAUCAGGACAAGGAUAGAAAGCGGUGUUGUAGAUGCUGUACACCAUCAUUGUCAGUAUUCAAUGAAUGAGAAAUAUUUGCUGCCCAGUGACAUCACUGGAGAAGACAUCGUAAUUAACAAUUACUUAAAAUUACUCUGUGAGACCUCACAUAUGUGGCUUACUCAUCAACUUCCACCAUUUGAAACUCACUGCCAACUUCUAGCUGGACUUCUUCCUCAUAUGACAAUUACCCUGUACAAAUGUUCAGUGCAGCGUCCAGACUGCAGCCGGUGUCUUUCUAACAAUACUACUAGACCACAGCUUGAUUGCGUCUGGUGUGGAGACCAGUGUGUAUAUGAUUCAUUCUGUUUAAAAAAUAUAAGUGACUGUCCAGCUCCUGUAAUUACACAGGUUAUACCUCUUUCAGUUGCUAUGGUAAUGAACCAGCCUGAGCCUGAUUACACUGAGGUCAUUGAACUUGUUGGAACUGAUUUUGGACAAACGUCUUCAGAUAUUGCUAGCAUUAUGAUAGAUACCAAGAAAUGUGAAAAUAUUGCAGAUGGGUUUAACAUAGCCUCACAAACUGUUAAGUGUAGAGCUCCUGUCUUCAGCACUGCCUCUCGAAGAAAUGUCAUCAUAUCUGUCCAAGGGAAACCAAGUGGACCAGCAUACAUAGUUUAUCAGAAUCCUUCAAUUUCCGACAUCACUCCAAAGUUUGGAAUCAAGCAUGGUGGUACACGAGUGAAUAUAACCGGCAUGUUUUUGAACACCGGUCGAGAUCUUAUGGUAUCUAUGGGUGAAAGCGAGUGUUAUGUUAAAAAUGUAUCUGAAACUCAGAUACUUUGUACAACCUCGCAUUAUGCAGUUGAAGAAGAAGUUAUGGCAACGGUUACAUUUGGACAGGCUACAAGAGAUGCUUCUACCUUUACGUACACAGACAACCCAAGAGUGACGGAGUUUAAUCCGAAAAGCAGUAUCAAAGCUGGUGGUCGUAAGAUUACUGUGACAGGGAUACAUUUUCAGUAUGUGCAAGAAGCCAAGAUGCUAGUGAAUGGUGUAUCAGCUAAAGCAAAUUGUGAAGUUGUAUCAAAUGAGAAUAUGAAUUGUAAAAGUCCUCCCACAGAACUCUCUUCGUCAGGUCAGCGUAGCAGACGACAAGCACAUGUUGCAUUACCUUUGACCUUUUCGUUUGAUGGCUAUGUUAUUGAAUCGAGUGGUGAAUCUGAAUUUAGAAUUUAUCCUGAUCCUAUCUACUAUCCCUUCAGUAGUAAGACAGUAUAUGGACAACUGGUAGAAGAUGGAAUUUACAUACUAGAACGUGAUAUUACAUUAAUUCAAUUGAGGGGAUCAGGCAUAGAUCUAAGUGCCACUGAUGUCAGUGAUGUAAAGGUGUAUGUUGGUGAGAUUCCAUGCAAUGUACUCUCAGUAGCUAACACGUCAGUUGUUGCAGAGGCACCAAAAGAGGAACCUGAUGCAGUAAAUGGUGGAGAUCAUCCUCUUGUCGUGAUUUAUCAAGGCAAUCUAGUUGUAACAUUUGGCCCAAUAAGAUAUCCAGUGAACAGUGUGUCAAGCACUGUUAUCAUUGUUAUUGUUGUGGUUGGUGUUGGUGCAAUCAUCAUCUUAUUGUCUGUUGUUGGUAAUUGGCUUAGAUUAAGGUCAAUUCGCAGACAACGAGAUGAAGCUACAGUGAAGAUUUUUACACAAGUUUUAGAUCAGGUGAACGUAGUUGUAGGGGACCCCAAUGCAGGCUACAUGGAUAUAAUUCAGAAUGGACAACAAAAAGUACAGAAAUGUUUCUACUCUAGAGGGCAGUAUGUACACAACAUGCUCUUCAAGGGUUGCAAGAGGAUUCCACAAGUAAUGGAAGAAAGUAGAUAUAAUGCACUUGAAAAAAUUGACGACGGUUUGCUCAAAUUAUCAAAAUUGCUUUUGGAUAAACAGUUUGUAUUAAAAGUUGUAGAGAUUCUUGAUGAGGAUCCUUCAGUAACUAGAUUUCAGAGACAAAAUUUUGCCGCGUUGUUCUUAAUGGCUAUGCUUAAUGACAACAAAAUUGAACAUUUAAUUGAUGUAUUGGAAGUUCUUUUGAGAAAACAUGUUGAAAAUAUGGUGAAUUUAAAGAAAAGAAAGCAAGUUCUAAACAGAACGGAGACAGUGGUAGAACCAUUGAUUUUUCACUGGAUGGCUUUAUGCAUGUACAAAUAUAUGAUGGACUUCGUAUCAAGCCCUUUGUACGAGCUUGUUGAGGCCAUCAGGACAAGGAUAGAAAGCGGUGUUGUAGAUGCUGUACACCAUCAUUGUCAGUAUUCAAUGAAUGAGAAAUAUUUGCUGCCCAGUGACAUCACUGGAGAAGACAUCUAUUUGCAAUUGAUUGUCAAUGGAGAAACAGUGAAGCAAGAAUUAGUGAAAGUAAAAAGUUGCGAUACUCUACUACAAGUGAAACAAAAAUUACUAAAUGCAAUGUUUAUGGAUCAACCUUUUUCAACAAGGCUAAAAGCUAUGCAUGUUAAAUUAGAAUGGAGAGUCAGUAGAGAAGAACGUAUAAUUUUACAAGACACUAAGGACGAACCAGGAGAUUCACAGACAAAGAAAAGAAUAAAAACAAUCAAUGAAUAUGGAAUCCAUGGUAAUGCAAUGGUAGCGUUUGUAAACAUACAGAGAGAAGAUGACGACACAUUAAAUGCUUACGAUAAAAUCAAACAACCAACAGACACAGAACCUGAUGAACAUGCUUACGAAACAUCUAUUUUAAUAGAUGAUCAUACAUACGAAGAAUUAGACGAAGGAGAUGGUGUUUAUCACAUUUUGGACCUUCAAGAGGAUGCAUACAUAGAAGUAAAGAAUAAAGUUGAUAAAUCUGACCUUGCUAGAUUAAACGAAACUAAGAAAGUUUACCAGGGAUAUGUUAAUUCACUUUUUGAGGCAAUCUUCAGCCCAUCUGCCCAAAAGCAUCAUUUGCUAUGCGGCGUUAAAUUUAUCUUUGACAUUUUGGACAAUGAGGCUUCUGCACGUGAUAUUAGCGUCAAUGAUUUGAAAAUAUGGAAAAACAACAGCUUUGCUGAGAUGUUUUGUGUUCGAAUCCUCACCCACCCUGCCUUCGUAUGUGAUAUCCAGCAAACGCCACCUAUUGGCGUCACUAUGGAUGUCAUUUCAAAGGUGUUUCAAGACUCUUGGUCGACGGAGCUCUUUAGUUUCAACGAGAAUUCUUUCAGUCAUCGGCAAAUGUUUGUGAAUGAGAUUCCUCGGUAUCGCCAAGUUGUCUCAAGUUUCUAUAGCGACAUAAAAAGUGUCACACCUUGCAAUCGCGAAGACGUCAUCAACGAAAUUCAACCACUUCUGGAUCCAUUCAAAGCACUGUUUAAAAAGUCUAGUGUACUGGAGAAUUUAUAUUCUUUAAUUGAUCAACAUGUUGAUACGGUGAAGAACGCCCUCUUCGAUGAUGAAAAUUGUAGGACAGAUGCUACAAUGAGGAAACUGGAACAAGUUGCUAUGGCUUUAUCCAAGAAAAAGACAGCACCGGAAUAUGUAAAUAGGCCUACUAAACGACGAUUCAUUCGCCGCUGAGUAGAGAUGAAAUAAAGUGUGCCUGAGUCUGACUUUCAGUCAUCGGCAAAUGUUUGUGAAUGAGAUUCCUCGGUAUCGCCAAGUUGUUUUAAGUUUCUAUAGCGACAUAAAAAGUGUCACGCCUUGCAAUCGCGAAGACUUCAUCAACGAAAUUCAACCACUUCUGGAUGUAAAUAGACAUUUAGUUACCACUACUAAUUAUUAUGCAAUUUAACUUUUUCAUAUAGUAGUAUAGCAAAUUGAUUUUGCUUUUAUAGAAUACCUUGUCAUUAAUGACCAAUGUCCAGAAAUUUUUAAUUUUAAACACAAGUAUAGUAGUAGAAGUAAGCAUAUAAAUAUUCCGCGUUUGUG